AUGCCAUAUUUCCAAGCUGUUCAAUUUUUUCAUCUUCUCAAUAUCUUUUUCUUCUCUGUACUUGUUCUUAUUGGAUGUGAAAAGAAAAAACCAAAAAGUGCAGAAUCCAAUGCAAGCAAGAACCCAUUGGGUCCAUCUAAUCGAAAUCCAGGUCCCGCAUCUUCUCAUAUGUAUGUGGAUGCGACAACGACAAAAUCAAUAGCAUAUACACAACCAUACACCAAACCAGUGGUUACAUAUCACAUAAAGAAAUAA